UUUUUUUUUUUUUUUUUUUCUUUGAACAAGCCAUUAUUCACUUCCCAUCAUAGACCGCCGCAAGCAUCAUGUAUGCGAGACGCGUUUGCUAGGCGCUAAGUUAACUAGCUCAUUAGCGCUGGAGUCGGCAACGCAAGACGACCUGUUCUAAAAAGAAACGAGGCACAUUGCCAAGUUACAUGACUGCCAUCGUCCUUGUUAUUAUUAUACCCAAGUUUUUCUUCUAUUGUUGUUAUGUGGUUUUCUUGCAGCAAUCCCUCCCUGUCCAAGUAAGGGGAAGAAGGGUCAAGCAUUUUCGGCAGGCCGAUAUGAUAAAUUACUACAACCGCAACGUUGAAUCCUUGCUCCCUUUGUCCUCUCUCUCUCACCCACGACCGCUCAUUCAACCAUGAUAUAUCAAAGGAGAUGGCGGUAUAAGGUUAUCGCUGCUUGUUUAAUUUUGCUCUUUUACCUCUAUUAUCUCAACGCACCAGAGUCCUCGACGCCAUAUGUAGAUGUAGUAACCGACCCUGUUACUGUUACUAAGGAACCAUGGACGCAAUUGUGUCAUGAUCCGUCGCCAACAUACAAUCCACCUAAUCAUAACCGAUUUAAAUGGAGGAAACUCCGUAUUAAACACCCCGUCACUUCGUUUAUUCAGCUGCCAACUGAAGCUCCAUCUCCACUACCGCCAAUCCAGCAUGUUUUUGAAGCACAGGCGGCUGAACGCAUCGCAUUGCAAGCCCAGCGCCAAGCCGAAGUGAAAAAGGUAUUUCAGCGGGGCUGGAAAUCCUAUAAACAAAUGGCAUGGCUCCAUGACGAACUCUCGCCAAAAUCUGGAGCACCGCAGAACACGUUUGGGGGCUGGGGCGCGACUCUUGUUGACAGUUUGGAUACCCUUUGGAUCAUGGGCCUGAAAGACGAGUUCGAGGAAGCCGUUGCUGCCGCGGCUACUAUCGACUUUAGCCCAGAGAAGACGAGUCAGGAGACUAUCAAUAUGUUUGAAACGACUAUCAGGUAUCUAGGCGGGUUUCUUUCUGCCUUUGAUUUAACGGAUUGCAAGGAUAGAAGGUUACUGGAUAAAGCUGUCGAGCUCGGGGACAUGAUUUAUGCGUCUUUCGACACAAAAAAUCGAAUGCCCGUAACCCGCUGGAGCCCGCAGAAAGCCAUGAAGGGGAAAAAGCAACACCCUGCCGACAAAGGUAUCAUCGCCGAAGUAGCAUCGUCGAGCAUGGAACUCACACGCCUCUCCCAGCUCACAGGUGACAUGCGCUGGUUCGACGCAAUCCAGCGUAUCACCAAUAUCCUGGACGAACAACAGAACAAAACAAACCUGCCGGGUCUAUGGCCGGUAGGCUGUAGUCCUCUUUCUGCCGAUUUCACACGCGACUCGACAUUCACUCUGGGGUCCAUGGCCGACUCGGCCUAUGAAUAUCUCCCGAAGAUGUACGCCUUGCUUGGGGGGACAGAUGCCGCAGCGCAAUAUGCGAGGCUAUACAGCCAUGCCAUGAACACUGCUAUGGAGCACCUCUUUUUCAGACCCGUGGUUCCUGAUAACGCUGACAUUCUGGUCUCUGGCCAGACGCGUGUUCCAAGCGCUUCUUCAACCCCACAUCUCGAGCCGGGAGGUCAACACCUUACCUGUUACAUCGGUGGCACACUUGCACUCGGAGGCCGUCUCCUCUCCAACAAAACACACAUCGAAGUCGGUCGUAAACUCACUGACGGCUGCGUUUGGACUUACCGCAAUACUCCCACAGGCCUUAUGCCCGAGGAAUUCCGCAUGCAGGCAUGCGAUUCAUCCUCAAGCUGCGAGUUCGACAAGGAGCGGUGGAAAUCCGACCAUGGAUCCCAACAUCCCGGUUUUACGUCCAUCAAGGACAGUCAUUACAAACUCCGCCCGGAAGCGAUUGAGAGUGUUUUCUACCUCUAUCGUAUCACGGGUGAUCCGAAGCUUCAGGACGUGGCGUGGGAGAUGUUCCAGGCGAUCGAGAAGCAUACGCGUACAGACCUGGCGAAUGCUGCCUUGAGGGAUGUAAUGGACCCAGACCGGGGCAGGGAGGAUAGCAUGGAGAGCUUUUGGUUUGGGGAGACGCUUAAAUAUUUCUAUUUGGUUUUCAGCGAUCCGGGCUUAAUCAGCCUAGACGAUUUUGUAUUUAAUACAGAGGCGCAUCCGUUUCGGAUUCCCAAGCCGUGAAUUUGGCGGCUUAGCAUGUGUUUUCGGAUCUGCUGUGUAAUUAUGUAUAGAAUGGGUAAUCGGAUAUAUUUUGUGUUAGCGAAUUAAGAUGGGAAGGUGAGAGUCGGCAACGACUGGCCCUCUCGCGCUUCAAAUUCGUUUGGACGAAGGAUCGGAAGCAGGAUUGAGUGUGUGGCAUAAGGAGGCAAUGGUACUGGGUUGAACCACCCCAUUUCAUCUUAUACGGAGAUAUCCUGGAUAUAUUCGGCGUGUCCAUGAUAUCCGGGUCGAUCUUGUAUCUGUGACCUAAAGCCAGUAUGAACCAAGCCGUCCAUUGAAGCCUUGUCCAAAGCCCACGCCAUGCAUACCUGAUCUUACAUUCAAGAAGAUGUAACUUACCCAGGAAUCAUCUCACCAUCGUUGAGAUAUGGUGGUUCUCAAACGAGUCUCUUGCACUACUGCUUUGGCAGUAGAUCUUUUGAGCAAUGGUCUAAGCUGCAAAAUAAUGAUAAGGAACUUAUUGAGUAACGUGAACUAUAGUGAUGAAGGAUAAGGAGCCGUAGUAAAGGUAUAAGUUAGAUCUGCCAAUAUCCUUUGGGGUUUGGGAAGAAUUAAUCUCAUGAAGUGCAAAAUCAUAGAAAGCGG